AUGCAGCGCUUCUCCCUCACCACCAACACCUGGUCCCGCGCCGCCGAUCUUCCCAUCCCCCUCAACCACGCCAACGCCGCCAUCCUCAACGGCGCCAUCUACCUCCUCGGCGGCCUCACCCCCGACUCCACCGGCAUCUGGCUGGCCAACCGCUCCUGCUACCGCUACGAUCCCAGCAGCAACACCUGGACACAACUCUCCACCUCCUUUCCCUCUGGACUCCAAAUCGGCGCUGCAGCCGUUGCCCGCCGCGGCAACACCAUCUAUCUCGCGGGCGGUCUCACCUAUCUCAAUAUCUCCGAAACCUAUCAACCCAGCGUCUCGUACUUCACCGCGUACACCGCCGGGUUCGAGACGUGGACUUCUCUUCCUGCGCUGCCGCACCCGAGAGAUCAUGCUGGGAAGGGUUUCUCGGGGAUAACGGCCCGUUUGCGUGGUGGGGGGAGGAUUUUUGUUAUGGGGGGGGAGGGAAAUAAGGAGAGUGCGAGUGGCGUUUUUGAGGAGAAUGAAGCGUAUGAUACGGAGAGGGAUCAGUGGAGGAGUUAUGCGCCGAUGGAUGUUCCGAGGCACGGCACAUCUGCAGUAGCCGUCGGAAACAAGAUCUACGUUCCCGGUGGAGGAUUGACAGAAGGGGGGAACCCCACAGAUUAUUUUAGUUAUUUUGAAGUUCCUUAUUGA